AUGUCUCUCCUUUGGCAAUGUGCAAUUCUUUUGGCUGUCGUAGCAACAAGCGCUGCCAAUGAAGAUUUUAAUGUGGAUUGUGAAAAACACUCCAUUAAAGUGACAUGGAAGGUCAGUCCAGAGUUGGUUGAACAUGCUGCCCGUCUUUUCCUUGGACACUGUGUUCCGUCCACAUUUUCUGUUCUUCCCACGGGAGAAGGGAUGGCGACAUUCCACUACAACCUCAAUGGCUGUGCCAUCAAGAAACGGGUGACUGGCAAAAAACACAUCUAUUCAACCAGCCUGACUUACAGACCUAACCAAAAGCCCAAACCUGCUGCUAUUAGUCACCAUAUUAAGUGUGUUUACAUAAGACCUGAGGGAUUGAUUCCCCCAUUCCUUAUCCCUGCCUAUGGUAGUGCUGAGGGUCAUGGAGGAUUGGUUUUCCACAUGGCACUCCUCAAUGAAGACCUUACUGGUCUGGCUAAGAGCAGCCUGUUUCCCCUGGGCUCUUUCAUCCCCAUCUGGGCAGCAGUGGAUCAGAAGGACCAUCAGCCCUUGCUGCUGCUCUUGGAGGAGUGUGUGGCGGCCACAACACCAGAACUGCAGUCUGCGAGCCUGGUGUACCCCAUCAUCACCAACAAGGGUUGCCUUGCAGAUGGGAAGACUGGGAACUCCAGGUUCCUGCCUAGGUACCACUCGUCUGCUAUUCUGCUUUACCUGCAGUCCUUCAAGUUUGCCUUAGGCGAGGAAGUGUAUAUUCAUUGUAAGCUUGUUGCAUGGGACCCUGAGGUUUUUGAUAUAGAAAAGAAGGCCUGCCACUACAUUAAAGAGACUGGAGAAUGGGAGCUGCUGGACGACCCGUCUCAAAGUGACCUCUGCAAGUGCUGUGACUCGAGUUGCAAGCCUCGGUUGAAGAGGGGUGUGGAUUCAGAAGCCCAGGGCCUGGUUCAAAACUCUGUUCUUGGACCGCUCACAAUAGUGGAAAACUCUGAAACCCGGAUCCCCAGUGAAUUUGUCUAUAUACACUGCAAACUUUUGGCCUGGAACCCCAGCGGCCUUGAUACCAGCAGGAAGGCCUACCAUUAUGUGCAAGGGCAUGGGUGUGACCCUGAGUACGGCUGGGUUUCCUGGGAGAUGGGCAGCCAUCUACCGUGCAUGUCCUGA